GUCUAUGUAAAUCAUUGUCAUUUCAAGUAUGUUUUAUUCAAUACAUUUUAAAUAUAGAAAUCAGUCGUAUAUAUUAUUCAUACACAAUUCCUCCGGGACCGGUGGACAUUAUAACUACAUAGAAGUCGAACUGCAUACACACUACAGUAGGGGUAUAGAGGAGGACUGUUGUAAGUCGUGGGUCCGAAAUCUGGUUAGGGCGAGAUUUGUCUAUGGUCUCCGUAUGGUGUUUUACCAAUGAGUCGGGAUUACCCACUCCUGUAUCACUGCACGUCACCAAGCAGUUUGAACGCAUUUAGAUUGUUUGAAAUUUUCAAUAUAACCGCAUUUUAAGUCAAUGCGAUUUCUAUUCAACGGCUAAAAAUGAUUCGGAUUUUAGAACAAACUUGCUAUUGUUAGAUAAUAAAUAUUAUUGUCUUUAUUUUGCUAGUGUUUACUGCCAAUAGCGAUAAUCAAAUACACCAUGAAUGUAUGACCUGAUCGAUUGAUCGUAGUUUAGGCAUAACUGAUACAAAUUCUGUAGACAAAUUGAUAUGUAUACAUGUAUGGUCACAGCAGGUGGAAUUCUAUACUGUGAUCAAUAAUUAAUAUUGAUCUACACAUCCAAUAUUAACAACAGGGUGGAUUUCAUGGAAGAUAUACUGCAUUUAAUUCAGUAUGAUCUAAUAUGAUAUAUGUGAUUCUGUACUGGAAUAUGGACAAGAAUGAGGCUACCUGGACUUAGGAUGGUGUUCAGACGCCCGACGACGGAUGAUAAAGUUCUGCCAGAGACUGUGAAAGAUGGAGAUAAAAGUGUUUCAUUCUUUGAGCAGUUGAAGGCAAAUGCCAGGAAAAACGUAAAAACAGGCAGAAAAGGAUUCAAACUGAUAGUGUUUAUCAUGGUGUUCCAGUCAACAACAGAACUUUACGCGUUCAUGCAUUACAUAAUCCCCUACGUGUUCCAAGACUACAGUCCAUGGACCAGGUACUAUAUGAACGUGCUAAUAUGGUUCAUAGUGAUCAAUAUGUUGGCCAACUGGUUUUGUGUGAUGCUGUAUAAUGCAGCAUAUCCAAAGACGAAAGACAACCCCUUUCUACAGGUUGAACCACAGGACGGAAAUCUGCCUGAUCAAUUUGCCGCACGCAUUCAACAAGCGUCCAGUCAAAACGGAAUUAAUGGGCAUUGUGUAUACGAUAUGACAGCGAAGGAGGCCCUUCCAUGGAAUUUCUGUGAAAAAUGUUCGAUGCACGUGCCAUUUCGUGCACAUCAUUGUGACGUUUGCAAAGCAUGCAUUCUUAAAAGAGAUCACCACUGCUAUAUGAUGGGAAACUGUAUAGGUUUCAACAAUCAAAGAUACUGGAUUAUUUUAACAUUUUACGUGUCACUUAACUGUAUUUUUUGCGGUUUCUUUGUUUUAAAAUACGUCAGAAACAUUAUUUGGCCAGAAUUAAAUUCUUGGUCAGAUAUACUUUUCCCUUUAACUAUAUGGCGGACUAUGUUUGGAAACAUUACUGAUAUACAGUGUAUUUUGAUACUGCAGCUGUAUGUAGAUGCCGUAUUUGGAUUUCUUGCCUUUCUUUACUUCAAUUCUCAAAUGACAAUCAGCUUAGCAGGGAAGACAUUAUUUGAAUUGGUUAAGAAUGUUCCAAUCAAAAACUCGAACAGUUUCAACAGAAACAUGAAGUCUGUUUUCGGAGAUUUCUGGGGUUUGAACUUUCUGUUUCCGAUGACAUUAAUUUUCCGCCAACGAGAUGACGGCAUACACUGGGAUGGUAUAAAAAUUGAUCAUAACGCAAAUGAAAAGAAGACUGAUAAUGCGAGAGAUUAAAGACAGACCUUUACAAUCAAGUCUAAGCAUGUUACACAAUCAGUAAUAAAAUGCUGAAAACUGAUAAGUUAGUCACGGUAUUUCCUUCCGAAUUAUCUAACUACUGGAUUUUUUUAUUACUUAUUUACAUUGGUACGUUUGUGUUCCUCCUUGUAUGUAGAAUGCACAUGCAAAAAAUAAAGAAAUAAAAAUAUAACAAAUA